CUAGAUAUGGUAGUAUAUUUUUAUAGUGGAUUUCACACAAAAUACAGAAUGGGAUACCUGAUAGUGACGUAGUGUGGGUUCUCAAUCCUGAUUGGUUGUUGAAACGUAGCCUUUCUUUAUGACAGCGGCUGUUCUUUCCAGUCUACUACGGUUCCAAGGGAAAGAAGGAUAAGAAUAAGUUCCAGUUGAGGGACUGGAACGAGGUUCUUGCCGAGCAGAAAACGAUUGAGAAAGAACACAGAGCUUCAGAGGCUCUAGAUAUGAAAUUGGAUAAGGAUACAGCAGUGGAUGAGGGAACUGCUAAAUGUGUAGAGGAAGUGGUGGAGAAAAACACCGCAAGUGAAAUUGAUAAUGAGUUCCAGUUGAGAGACUGGGACGAAGUUGUUGACGAGCAGGAAAUGUUUGACAGAAACAGAGCCGCAGAGGUUCUGGAUAAGAAAUUGGAUGAGGAAGCUGCAGUGGUUGAGGAAACUGCUGAAUAUGUUGAUGAAGUUUUAGAGAGAAGCCCUGCAGUUGAAAUUCAUUAUGAGUUUCAGUUACGAGACUGGAACGUUGUUCUUGCUGAGCAGGAAAUUGUUGAAAACGACGGAGCAGCUCUUGAUAAAAAAUUGGAUAAAAAAACUGCAGUGGAUGUGGAAGGUAUAAGGAAUGCUAAAUUCGAAAAGUUCCCUUUAAAGAUCCGGGACUAUGUCCUUAUAGGACAGGCUGUACUUGACAUCAAGAAGAAUAGAGCUGUGAAAGGUGAUUUCAAUUUCAUGGGAAUUUCAACUGCACACUACAAACGGAUGGUGAGAGAUUUCCGAAAGUGUGAAAGAGAGAUGCGGAACAAAAGUUCCUUCUUCUAGAAAUGUUGAAAAGUCUCACAGAAAUUCCGAUUUUGACAUUUAACCUAUUUUGACUUUUAUCCGAUAUAGACACUCACUCGAUUUUGACCCUUUCCUGAUUGUGACACAUAACCGGUUUUGAUACACAAAAAAAAUUUAGCACAUUGACAGGACAUUGUGUUUAAUGUGGCUACAUAACUAUUUUCUCUACGGACAGUAAUGUGGAGAUUCUCCCGAUUUUGACAUAAAAAAAAUCAUAGCACAUUGACAGGACAUUAUGUUUAAUGUGCUACAUACAUAUUUUCUCCACGGACAGUAUUGUGGUGAUUUUCCCGAUUUUGACAUAAAAAAAUCAUGGCACAUUGACAGGACAUUGUGUUUAAUGUGCUUCAUGAAAUAUUUUUCCGCUGUCAACAUUGUGAAGAUUUUGAAAAUGGUGACUAACCCAAACAGGACAUUGUGUUCCUUGAGUCCGUAACUUCUGAGCCUCACAGCAUGAUAGUCAAUUUUGUGGCAUGAAUAAUUGUAUUAA